AUGCCCCCAGUAUCCUCCGUCCCCUCCGCCGGCCGCCACGGCCACGCGCCCAGCACUUUCGACAAGAUGAAAAUGGGCGCCAUGAUGGGCGGCACGGUCGGGCUAUGCAUGGGCUUCAUCUUCGGAGGGUACACGAUAAUGAAGCAGGGCCCCGGUCCCAACGGCGUGAUCCGCAGUCUGGGACAGUACAUGAUGGGCUCUGCGGCUACUUUCGGGUUCUUCAUGUCCAUCGGCUCUGCCAUCAGGACCGAGGCGCCCUCAACGAGUAUGCAGGCUUGGGCGAGCGCCAGGGCGGCGCCGAUUCUGAUGGCCGCGGCCGCCGCGGAGAAGAGGGAGAGGAAUUGA